CGCAGCACCCACCUUCUCGUUUGGAUUCUCAGUCAGGACUUUGUUUCUCUUCACUAUGGAUCUCCUCACCGUAACCCUGGCUCUCUUGGUUCACCUGACCCCAGCCUGGGGCUUCGACAUGGGCCAGUCGACCCGCUGUGUCCCCAUCCCCCACCAGAUGAGUGUGUGCCAGGACGUGGGCUACUCGGAGAUGAGGCUGCCAAACUUCCUGGGCCACAGCAGCCUGGAGGGCGAAGUGGUUCCCCGCUCGGAGGACUGGAGACCCCUGCUGCAGACUGGCUGCCAUCCCCAUGCCCAAGCCUUCCUCUGCUCCCUCAUCGCCCCUAUCUGCCUCGACACGUUUAUCCAGCCGUGCCGUAGCCUGUGCGUGGCCGUCAGGGACAGCUGUGCCCCAGUACUGGCCUGUCAGGGCCACGUCUGGCCAGAGGCGCUGGACUGUGACCGUUUCCCUGCCCAGGAGGACAUGUGUCUGACCCCCCACCCCAAACAUAGCAACAGCCACCUCGCCAAAGCAUUGCCUCAGCCUGCAUGCCAAGCCUGUCCUUCCGUGGAGGAGCACCCUACACUGAAGACAGUUCUGGACGCUCUGUGCCAGGAUGACUUUGCUGUAACAGCCAAGCUGUCUCGCCGGCGCCGGCCGUCAGGGGAGCCAGAGUUUGAGGUGGAGGGCCGGGUAGAGUUUAUCCGCCAGGGCCCCCUGCUUCCCUACGACACCCAGUACCUCCUCCAGCAGUGGCUGCUCAUUAACCUACGGUGUGCCAACGCCCUAGUCCGGCCCGGCCGCGCCCAGCUCUACCUGCUGACUGGGGCGGUGCAGCCAGAAGGCACCCUGGCCCUCACCCGCCUCUUCCCAUGGCACAAGAAGGACCACAGCAUCGCAGUUGCCACGCGCAAGUGGAAGCACCACAAGUGUUGAGUGCCUGGACGAUGUAUCGGAAUGGAAAAACCUGAGCUCUGAUGAAUCUGUGUUGCAUAGAACGGCAUCCUAACUCACACAAGCCAGGACUCGGCAUAAUAUCAGUUUUCUUGGAAAUAAUUGGUAUAAGGCCUAAGUAUAGGACGUUUUCUGAUGUUAAUGACUUGAUGCAGGAGGGCAGAGGAACGUGGAGUUGGAGCUGGACUCUCUCACUGACAUGACCCUCUGCUGCCCUCUGCUGCUCCUUCACAGUAUCUCAGCUCCGUCUGAAUGCACACAGCAACAUAAUGCACUCUAAAACUGUACAUAG